AUGAAGGUUACCGCCGUUCUGUUCAUGCUCGCCGGCGCGGGCUUUGCUGCCCCCGUCCCGGAGCCGGUCGCCGAGCCGUUGCCGAUGCCCACUCCCCCCGGUAUCCCCACCGCCGCGACGGCCAAGACGCAGCUUGCUGCCCUGACGGUGCGUGCGUGGACCAACACGGACACGUACAACCGCGACCUCUUCCCCCACUGGUCGACCGUCUCGGGCGCGUGCAACACUCGCGAGACUGUGCUCCAGCGUGACGGCACCGGCGUCGUGGUCAACUCUGCAUGCGCUGCCACCAGCGGCACCUGGAAGAGCCCCUACGACGGCGCAACCUGGACCGCCGCCAGCGACGUUGACAUUGAUCACAUGGUGCCUCUGAAGAACGCCUGGGUUUCUGGUGCCGCAUCGUGGACGACUGCCAAGCGCGAGCAGUUCGCCAACGACCUCACCCGCCCCCAGCUGUGGGCUGUUACCGACAGCGUCAACCAGUCCAAGAGCGACAAGAGCCCCGACUCGUGGAAGCCUCCUGUGACCAGCUUCUACUGCGUCUACGCUCGCAGCUGGGUGCAGGUCAAGAGCUACUGGGCCCUCAGCGUCACGUCGGCCGAGAAGACGGCCCUCACCUCGAUGCUCAACACCUGCUAAAGGGAUGGCGACUUUUUGAGAUUUCGAUCCGAGUGAGCGAGCGAGCGAGCAAGAGACGGGGCUUCUUGGGUGCACGAGUGUGUGUGUGCUCCUGGGCGGGUUUCGCAUGCGUGAUUUCGUCAGCGACAGAACCAUGACGGGUUCUUUCUUUUCUUUUCUUUUCUUUUCUUUUUCAAUGUUCAUAUUUCUUCUUUCGUUUUUCUACUUCCUGCUCGUA